UUAAUUGUCAGGGCAAACGGAAGCGCUGAGAGGUUCCAUCUUGUGAGUGAAGGACGUUGAAUGGUUAUCAGGAUUUUGAAAGGGUCCGUGUCUUCGGCAGGUUCUGAUUCAGUAGAAGUGACGAGCAGUGAUGGCAGGGCCUGAAUCUGACUCACACCAUCAAUUCACAGGGAUUCAAAAAUACUUCAAUUCCUACACGAUGACAGGCCGAAGGAAUUGUGUGGUAGCGACAUAUGCAAGCAUUGCAAUGAUCAUCAUGUACUUUAAACUAAGGCCUAAAAAACAAACACCAGCUGUAACACAGAAAUGAAAUGGGUUGCUGAUGUGUUGAUAGCAAACCUCCAAUGUUGUAUUGGUGCAACUAGCAAAAACUGAUGUACAGUUCAAAUAAAUCAUGAACAAUGA